UCUAUAAUUGGCUCUCUUUCUAUGAAAAAUAGUACGCACACUACUCAAAAAUCUCCAUUUAACGUUCAAGAAUUCACACAGACAAAAACACACACGCACACACAGACACAUAGUAGAAGAGAAAUAAAGAGAGGUGAUAAUUAAGGGAAGAAAAAAGAAAAGGGGUUGGUGAUUUUGCAACAUUUCAUGCUGCCAUGUUUGUGCGGUUUGAAUAUGAGUGGAUUAUGGGAAUUUAGGGAGGUGAUUUGCCUCUCUGAAUUCCCUUAAUCUUUAUUUCUUGGCUUUUUUUGGGGGGUGUGUGUGUGUUUUGGACCUUUUGUUGAGGUGAUCACUGUUUGUUUGGAAGGAAAAAGCAAGAAUUUAUCUCAGGAAACUGCUAGAAAGUAAAGAAUUUGUUAAAGACUCUCUUCUGGGGUUGCUUCAGUUUCAUUCAGCUUGUGCUUUUUCUGUGGGAGUUCCUCAGUUAGAUGUGCCUUUGGUUCGAUAUGAGCAUAAGAGUGUACAAGAUGUGUUGACUAUGUAGUUGUCUGGUCAAAAGAAACUGCCGAACUGGUCUUCCUGCUGCUCGACAUAUCAAUUGUGUUGUGUUAAAUUAGCAGCUAUUCUGCUCUCAGGUUUCACGAAAGUUUUAAAACCUGUAAGGCUGGUUUGACUCAGAAAAAAGUUGGGUUCCAUGGUCAAGCUACAACAUAUCUUUCAAGGAUUUCCCAAUGUAGUUCAGUGGCUCACAUCAACUUACAUUUUCUGGGAAGCCUCCUCCACUGAGCAUUGCCCAAGAAAAGAUAUCUUUUUGGCAUUUUGAACAUUUUAUCCAACACCUAGCUAUUUCUGGUUGACUCAACUGUCCAAAACAUUUCCUUUGGCAGUUUCAUCUUCAUCCGUUGGUAAAAAGUUGAUCCAUAUAUCUGGCAAGGUGGACUUCCUCUUCAACCUGUCAGGAAGAGCUGAAGCGGCACUUCUACUGGGACCACUAUUAGUUGGAACAUUCUUUUCUGCACAACUCUUCUAGUGGACUUCAGUUCAUUUCUUGGGGCAAAUCUCCUUUGGCAUUUUGGAGUUCAUACUCCAAAAAAACUAUUUGUCUUUAGGGCAAAUCUCCUUUGGCAUUCAUCUCCUUUUGGAGAUACUAUCUUGGUCUCUGUUUACAAAACAGAUUGACCUAGAAAUUUAUUUCAUCUUUGGGAAUAUACAUCGGUCGUCGUCGUUGGAAGUGGGAAAAUUGAUACUCGUCAUCAGCAGGGGAUCCAUAUCAGUUUGUAAGUUUGGAUCACACAGCAAGGAUUUGCAAGUGACUUUGUGAUUGCAGAAUACAUUUCACUGGUUUCCACAUUAUGGAUACAUCUUCUCUAAGUGACUGUGAUAGUUUCAGCGAGAGCAGCAGUUAUGACGAUCAGGAUUAUGUUGAAUAUCUGUAUGGUGGACAUGCCUGUUCAAUUCUUUCAAGUCUUGAGGAAAGCAUCGGUAAAAUCGAUGACUUCCUCUCCUUUGAGAGAGUGUUUAUGUAUGGGGACAUAGUAUGUCCAGUAAAUGAUCCAUCCGGACAGAUGGGAAAAGUGAUCAAUGUUGAGAUGAUUGUUGACUUGGAAAAUAUUCAUGGAAGAAAAAUACGAGAUGUUAACUCAAAAGAUCUUGUGAAAAUACGUCCAAUUUCAGUUGGGGAUUAUGUAGUGAUGGGUCCAUGGCUUGGGAAAGUGGAAAAGAUAGUCGAUAAAGUUACAGUUCUCUUUGACGAUGGUGCGAAGUCUGAAUUUGCCGCAGAGGGUUCAGAAAUGCUCACACCAAUUUCCUCCGAUUUAGUUGAAGACCCGCAAUACCCUUUCUACCCGGGACAAAGGGUUCAAGUUCAGUCUGUAUCUGCCUCUGGAUCAGCCAACUGGCUAUGUGGUGUAAGAAGUGGCAAAAGAGAGCAAGGUACCAUUUAUUCAUUGGAGGCUGGAAUCGUGCAUGUAGACUGGAUCCGCUGUGGCAGUCUUGGUUGUGAAAAGGUGCCUAGUCCCCCAAAUUUGCAGGACUCAGAAAAGUUAACCUUGUUGUCUUGCUUCUCCCAUGCAAAGUGGCAGCUUGGAGAUUGCUGUGUACUUCCAGUUGCUGACUCUAAGAACAUGUUGCGGCAGAGUGUUCAAAGCUCACCUCCCUGUGGAGCAAUGAAAGAGGAUAGACUAAACAAGGCAUCUCAGAAAAGUAAUAGGAGCUCAGCUGUUCCGCAAGUUGCUGUAAUUUCAAAGACAAGGACAAAAGUUGAUGUUUUGUGGCAGGAUGGGAGCGUGACCAUUGGAUUGGACUCGGAUUCUGUUUUUCCUGUCAAUAUUGUGGACGCUCAUGAGUUUUGGCCAGAGCAGUUCGUGCUUGAGAAGGGAAUGUGUGAUGACUCAUCUGUUCCCAGUCCAAAAAGGUGGGGUGUGGUGAGAUGUGUUGACGCAAAGGAGCGGACUGUGAAGGUAAAAUGGACAACCUUUUCCUUGAAUGAACCAAAUAAGUUUAGGGUAGAGCAAACUGAAGAAAUUGUGAGUGCGUAUGAACUGAUGGACCAUCCAGACUACUCAUACUGUUUGGGUGAUGCGGUUUGCAAGUUUUGUGAGGAUCAGGUUUUCAGUCUUGAUGGGAAGAGCAUGUUCUCUGAGAUUGGCAUGGACAUUAACUCUAAGCUUAAGAAUAUUGAUACUAGAAAGGAUAAUUCAGAUUUCCUCGGAUAUGAUCACUCAUCUUGCAUUGGUAUUAUUGUCAGCUUCAAAGAUGGCAACAUUGAAGUGAAAUGGGCUACUGGUUUUACAAGCAUGGUUGCACCCUUUGAGAUCUACCGAAUAGAUAAAUGUGAAACUGCUGCUGCCAUUACUGUACCCUCUGGUGAAAGUGCUGAGCAAUCAGGCGCGGAGACGAGUUCAAACGAAAAUCAACUUUCAAAACCUGAGGAAAAGGACUUACUGAAGUUUGGUGGCGAUAGAGAAAGUUGCAACAAGAGUUUGUGGGAUUCUAGUUCCUGUUUGCUUUCUCAAGCUGCUAUUGGCUUUUUCUCUAGUAUCACCUCGAGUCUUUUUGGUCCCUUGAGCUCAUCAUUGUUUGGUACUUACCAAGCUAUAUCAGAAGAAGGGAAGCAAUCAAGGUUACCCAAUGAGGAGGAAAUCAUAGAACUUAGCAAUUUGAAUGCAGGAAUUCCCACACUUGGGGUAGGAGAUGUGAAGGCUUCGUCUGAAAGGGAACUAGAGCAAGAACAGAAAACAACCGAGGAUCAAAAAGAUGAUGUUUUGUCAUCUUCCAGCAAGCUCCCUGAAGAAUUUAGACAGUUUGAUAUGGUCACUGGUUUCUCAGACCACCAUUUCGCAGAUGGUGCUGGAAAGGCGCAGUUAUCCCAGGUGAAAAGAGGUUGGCUGAAGAAGGUCCACCAAGAAUGGAGCAUUUUGGAACAUGAUCUUCCUGAAACGAUCUAUGUACGCGUCUGUGAGGAAAGAAUGGAUUUGCUGCGAGCAGCCAUUAUUGGUGCACCUGGGACUCCAUAUCACGAUGGAGUCUUCUUCUUUGAUAUUUACCUACCCUCAGAAUAUCCUCAUGAGCCACCUAUGGUCUACUAUCACUCUGGCGGGCUUCGUGUCAAUCCCAACUUGUAUGAGUCAGGAAAGGUCUGUCUUAGCCUCUUAAAUACAUGGACGGGCUCUGGAAAUGAACUAUGGAACCCCAAAAGUUCCACGAUUCUACAAGUUCUCCUCUCUCUUCAAGCUCUUGUGCUCAAUGAAAAGCCUUAUUUCAACGAGGCUGGAUAUGAUGCACAGAUUGGAAAAGCUGAUGGUGAAAAGAACUCAGUCAGCUAUAAUGAAAAUGCUUUCCUUGUUACCUGCAAGUCCAUGUUAUACCAACUCAACAAGCCACCUAAGCAUUUUGAGGCACUCGUGCAAGAGCACUUUGGUAAAAGAUGGAAGCACAUUUUAUUAGCUUGUAAGGCGUAUAUGGAUGGUGCACCAGUUGGUUCUGCAUUUCAACCCAAAAGCCAGGACCAAGAACCGAUAAAAGGAAGCUCUACAGGGUUCAAGAUUAUGCUUGGCAAGCUUUUCCCUAAACUCGCGGAGGCAUUCGCUGACAAAGGUAUCGAUUGCAGUCAGUUGUCCGACUAAGUGUAGCUAUGCACCUAUGUAAUAAAUAACAACCUUACCGGUAUAUGUACAAUAUCAGCAUUUGAACUGGCCCUAAUGUGGCCGCUUUCGUGUUAA